AGUGGUUUUGUGAAACUUUGGCCAAAAUAAACAUUAGGCAAGUACUUUUUUUAGAUUUAAAUUAUUCCUUUUAUUUUGAACAUAGCACACUAUAGGUAGAGGUGUGAAGAACGUAGCUGAUUCAUAUUACGUGUAGUAUAGGCAGGGGUUGCUUAGCAACCAAUCGAAACCGAAACAUAAAACUGUUCAACUUACGUUAUAACUUUCUAGUUAACUUAAACAAUGGAUAUAGACUACAGAAUUAUAAACUUAUACAAAACAAAACAAUACACCGAAUGUCUAACACUAUGCGCGACAGCGUUACAAGGGAAAGACGACCGUAUGCUAGAGUUCAUCCAGAUGAGAGCUAUGACGAUAGAAGCCAAGAUUGCUGGGAACGGGUAUGAGGAGGUCGAAUAUGUUCCGCAGCAGGAUGAGCUGACGAACACGGCUGUGGCGAAGACUCCGCGGCCGGGCACGUCGUUUCAGAGGAGUUCUAGGACUGCUCAGAACAUUAGAACCGCUACAGCAACUUUGAAGACCCGAGCCGGUACCAGCACAGCCCGUGCUCGUACCGCCCGCAGCGCCCUCAACACAGCCUCGCGAGCCUCCAGGGCCGCCACAGCCCUCGCUGGAGCACCCUUCAGCUUCACCCCGACCGUGCCACUGUCGCUGAGAUUCGUAGAUAAGGAAAACAAGAUGUUUACACCCUCUGCGAAGACACUCUUUGAAUAUGUUUACUAUUGUGAAGGGGAUGUUCGAAAGGCAAUAGAAAUAGCAUUCCAAGCUCAAAAGGCCGAUGACACCACGGACUGGUGGUGGCAUUUCUCCCUUGCCCGCUGCUACUCCACUUUAGGCAUGUUCAGAAAUGCGGAAGACUGUUUGAGGCAGGCGCUGAAACUGAACAAACACGUGUCGAUAUAUCUGCGGUUGAUCGCGAUGUAUGUGGGGCUCAAUCAGCCGUUGUCGGCGUUGGAAGUUUGCAAGCAGGGUUUAUCGGUGUUCCACUCGUACCCGCCCUUGCUGCUGGAGCAGGCCAGGAUCCACGAUCAAAUGGGUAACUCCACGCUGGCCGUGCAGGAGUACCGCGUGGUGGCGCUCGAGGAUCCGACUAAUAUGGAGGCGGUGGCCAGCAUCGCCAUGUUCAACUUCUACAACGACCAGCCAGAGAUUGCUCUACGAUACUACAGGAGGUUAUUAGCGACGAACCCACCAGGCGCUGAGAUAUACAACAAUCUGGCUCUUUGCUGCUUAUACUGCAACCAAUGGGACCUCACGCUGCCCUGCUUCAGGCAAGCGCUGUAUUUCUCCACCAAUCCGGAGACGCGGUCCAAUAUAUGGUUCAACUUGGCGCAUGUAGCUUUGUCCACAGGAGACAUGGUAUUGGCGCGGCGCUGUCUACAGGUGAGCCUGGCCACCAACUCGGAAAAUGGGCCCGCGCGCCACGCGCUGAAGACCUUGGAUGCACGGCUGCGUACACGCAAAGACAAGUAAACAAGCAUAUACUUUCGAGAUGGGAAGCGGAAGGGUGUCCGAAACAUCAUAUUUUGAUUACUGAUACGGGUUCUGUUGACAAACAAAGGGGAACUCCUAUACAUUUCUCGCGCAGGCGAGGUUACUUUUGGCAAGUCAGAGGUCAAAUGUAAAUAUGUAGUAUCUACCCAUUCAAGCGACGUCCAGUCAAGGUAUUAAAUAUCGAGACACUACCCUUUUGCCCUUUUCCAGGCCGCACCAAUCUACAAGGUUUUCCCAAAAAAUCAUUUGAUGAUUCAUUUGAAGACAAGUAACAUUUCCUGAAAGUGUAAUCUAAUUUGAACCUUAAAUCGGAAUGUUAAAGUUAAAAUUCUAAUGGCUUGUACAUACGUGGUCCAUAAAUCGUACUAUGCCUGGAAAAGGGUUAAUGUAUGUGCAAUAGACGCGUAUAAGUAGGUACAUAUUUUUGGCACUUUGUCCGUGUCGAUAUUUAAUACCUUGACUAUACCCUACAUAAGUACAUCGUAAUAUUCGUAAUGUCGAAAACGAAUUUAUGAACGAUAAAUAGAAGUAUAGUGAAGCGGUGGUAGCCGAGUGGAUAUGACGUCCGACUUUCAAUCUGGAGGUCGUGGGUUCAAAUCCUGGCUCGUACCAAUGAGUUUUUCGGAACUUAUGUACGAAAUGUCAUUUGAUAUUGACCACUAGCUUUUCGGUGAAGGAAAACAUCGUGAGGAAACCUGCAUAUAUCUACGAAGAAAUUCAAAGGUGUAUGUGAAGUCCCCAAUCCGCAUUGCGCUAGCGUGGGGACUAUAGCCCGAGCCCUCUCGCUCAUGAGAGGAGGCCUGUGCCCAGCAGUGGGACGUAUAUAGGCUGAAAUAGAAGUAUAAUUAUGGAAAUGUAGGAAACGAGUUGAAGAUUUAAAUAAUUAAAAAUAUCUUAUUUAGAUAAA